CUUUGAGCCACAUUAAAACCAAGUUUUUGCAUAGCUAAAUAGAAAAUAAUAAUGACUAACAGUAAAUAACACCUUCAUUUCAAGCGGAAACGAAUGGUUUAAGCGGCUAAAUAUACUUGUUCAGAGCAAAUUCAGGACCAGAAAAAAAACCCAUAAUAUAUCCACGAUACGCAAUACUUAUAAUUUAAUAAUAAUGACAUUUAAUCAAACGUUAAUAAUUCAAAAAUAUUCGUAACGUCCUCCAGAAAGGAUACGAAUCGAGUCAAAUAAACAAUGGCUUGAUAAACUGCGUUACCCAUAAUGCAGCUGUGAAUACGUUUUCAUCCUGCGACGGCUGCUGUGUUGCUAUGUGAUGGGCGAGCUGACGUUAGAAGGGGAAUAAAAUGUUUAUGCCACGAGCACUCAAAGUCAAGAGGCCAGCUGAAGGAUCUAGCCAAAAUCUAUCAAAGAAAAUUAAGCCUGUGGUGAAGGAUGACGACGUCGAAACAGAGACCCCUGCAGCGGAAUCCCAAGCAGAAACAGAAAGAGUAGAUGAUCCAGGUGAAUCUAGCUCACAGACCUUUGUACAAGACGAAAGACAAGAGUCUCCCUCGGAAGAUACAGAUGAAGAGGAGGAGCCAGUAAAAUCAUUUAAAAAGCACCAGAGAUGGCCGGAGCCAGGGGAGCCCAUCUGUGUGAUGUGUGGUCGCUAUGGGGAGUAUAUUUGUGACCGCACUGACAAUGACGUUUGCAGUCUUGAGUGCAAAGCCGCUCACCUGGCCCAAAUGUGUCUGAGCACCGGAGCAGAACUGUUCAACCGAAAGUUGGAAGAAGAAACAAAUUCUCAACUUCCGUCAUCCAUGAUAGGUUUAUCAAAGGACAUUGAACCGGAAUAUUCGUACAAGGAAGAUCCAUUCAUAUAUGGACUCUCGGACGAGCAGAUACAAAGGGUUAAAACCGAACUCGGCAUUGAAACUGUCGGAAAAGAUGUAAAACGACCCAUCAUAGAGUUUGAACACUGUGGCUUCCCUGCCAUCCUGAAUAAAAACUUGAAAGCAGCCAACUACAAGUCUCCAACGCCAGUUCAGAUGCAGAUGAUACCCAUUGGACUCAGCAGGAGAGAUGUCAUCGCUAGUGCCGACACAGGUUCUGGGAAAACAAUGGCCUUCCUUCUGCCCGUUGUGAUCCGAGCAUUAGAGAGAGUACCACAAGGUGACUACAGUCCCGCCGCUCUCGUCCUGACACCCACCAGAGAGCUGGCCAUUCAGAUUGAGAAGCAGGCAAAGGAACUUGUGAUUGGCAUCCCCAACAUGAGAACGGCUUUGCUGGUUGGCGGGAUGCCUCUUCCUCCUCAGCUCCACCGCUUAAAGCGCAACAUCAAAAUUGUCAUUGCAACGCCGGGACGACUUAUUGAGAUCUUGAAGCAGAAGGCUGUGCAGCUAAGCAAAGUGAAGAUUUUGGUUGUCGAUGAGGUUGACACCAUGUUGAAGAUGGGCUUCCUGCAGCAGGUCCAUGAAGUCCUGGAAUAUCUCCCUGCUGAGCACCAGACCUUGCUGACAUCUGCUACCAUCCCGAAAGGAGCGGAGGACUCGGCCGCUCAGUUAGUUCACGAGCCGGUUCGUGUCAUUGUUGGAGAGAAGAACCAGCCGUGUGCCAACGUCCGGCAGAUCCUGCUGUGGGUGGAGGAGCCGUCCAAGAAGAAGAAGCUGUUUGAGAUCCUAAGUGACAACAAACUGUACCAUCCUCCAGUUGUGGUGUUUGUCGACUGUAAAUUGGGAGCUGAUCUUUUACGAGAGGCAGUGGCCACGGUGAUGGAGCUCAAUACUGUUGCGAUCCACUCAGACAAGACCCAACGAGAACGCAACCGCAUCCUUAUGGGUCUGCUUGAUGGAGAGUAUGAAGUGGUCAUUAGUACUGGAGUUCUUGGUCGAGGAUUGGAUUUGGCAAACGUUAGAUUAGUGGUCAACUUCGACAUGCCGAACACCAUGGAUGAAUACGUCCAUCAGAUUGGCAGAGCUGGCCGACUAGGUCAUCGGGGAACAGCAAUCACUUUCCUCAAUAACAGCAACAAACGCCUGUUCCUGGAUGUGGUGAAAAGGGUCAAACCAACUGGAUCCAUCCUGCCGCCUCAGCUACUGAACUCCCCACAUCUACACGAGCAGCAGAAGAAGGACAAAUAUAACACCAAGUCGGGAGAGACAGGCGACCAACUGGUCACAAAGGUCAACCUCAUGGACAUCAUACGGAAACACGAUCGCCGUAAAAAAUAAUAGAAUCUGUCGAAAAAAAGAUUUGUGUUGAUGGUAAAAAAAAAAAAUGUUUUCUACUCAUGUUGUAAAAGCAUUUUAUUUAUGACUGUAGUCGUGUGAUCAACCAAGCAAUGAUGUGACGUAAACACAAUAAAAGAGCAAAUAUAUGUUUUUCAGAAAGUUUUGUACUCUGAUGUCCAUUACUGUAUAUUGCCGUGGCUACAGUCUGGGUAAUCCAUUUUGGCGUGCUGACUACUAGAAAUCAAUCUUUAUUGGCCUCGCAGUUGGAUUA